UAAUGUGACGCUACUUCCGCUUCCUUGCCCUCAGUAGCAAUGGUGGGCAUGAGCGUCCUCCGGUCUGCAGCCGCUAUUGCGGCCAAAAUAAACCCCUUCAAACCUGGGAUUACAAAAAGCAGUUUGCUUACUAGGACUGCGAGGGGGCGCGAUAAAGUGGCGGUGCGUUUUGGGAGCCAUGGAAAACAGAUGUUUGUCAUCAAGCCAUCUGAUUAUUACGAUAGGCGAUUCCUCCACCUUUUGAAAUACUACGUUUUACUUACUGGAAUUCCAGUUGCGGCAAUCGUUGCAUAUGUAAAUAUAUUCAUUGGGGAGGCGGAGCUAGCUGAGAUUCCGGAGGGCUAUGUUCCUGAGCACUGGGAAUAUUAUAAGCACCCAAUCACACGCUGGAUCGCUCGGACCUUCUAUGACCCCCCCGAGAAGGACUAUGAGAAAAUGAUGGCGCUGAUCCAAAUUGAGGCUGAGAAAGCUGACAUGAGGUUGACACAGCUGGAAGUCCGGAAGCACAUGCGUCAGAGAGGGGACGGGCCGUGGUUUCAUUACGAAACGGUGGACAAGACUCUCAUUGACAACAGCAUCAAAUCUACUCCUGACAAUUAGAUCCACUUGCUGUUGAGCGGGCUAUUGGUAAAUUAUGUAUAUGUUUGUAUAAUUGCUCAGUUGCAAAAAAUAAAUUGUUUGAAUGCA